CCUCUCCUGAUCUCUUCGGAGUUUAUAAAUUCUUUGUGUGUUUCAACAAAGACAUGACUCAAUCAUUUUCCCCAUUAGACAUAAAAUUUACUGUGAGGAGGCGUGAACCUGAGCUGAUACCUCCGGCAAAGCCUACCCCUCAUGAAGUAAAGCGACUCUCUGAUAUUGAUGACCAAGAUGGUCUACGAUUUCAAAUUCCUAUAAUACACUUCUAUUCUCAACAGCCUUCCAUGGUAGGAAAGGACCCUGCUCAAGUUAUCAAAAUGGCACUCUCUCAAACCCUAGUAUUUUACUAUCCAUUUGCAGGUCGACUUAGAGAAGGUCUUGAUCGUAAACUUCUGGUUGAUUGUAAUGAAGAAGGAGUUUUAUUCAUUGAAGCUGAUGCUGAUGUUUCUCUUUCCCAAUUUGGUGACACUCUUCAACCUCCAUUCCCUUCCUUUGAAGAGCUUCUUCAUAAUGUUCCUGGUUCAGAUGGAAUUACUAAAUCUCCCCUUUUACUCAUACAGGUUACACGUCUCAAGUGUGGUGGUUUUAUUCUCGCUAUUCGCGUAAAUCACACGAUGACUGAUGGUCCUGGUAUUAUUCUAUUCUUGAAGGCCUUAGCUGAGAUUGCACGAGGUGCUUGUGAGCCUUCAAUUCCUCCAGCUUGGUGUAGAGAGUUACUAAAUGCAAGGGACCCACCUUGUAUUACAUGCACCCACAAUGAAUACGUUGAAGUGCUUGAUAAUGAUGAAACAAUAAGUGAUGAAACCAUGGUCCACCAUUCUUUCUUCUUUGGACCCAGCAAGUUAAAAGCCAUUCAUCAAUUGUUUCCACAUCACCAAGGUCGUCACCACUCAACAUUUGAGGUUCUCACAGCAUUCAUGUGGCGUUGCCGCACCAUAGCGUUAGAGCUUGAACCAGAUAAGGAGGUUCGGUUUAUGUGCAUUAACAAUGUAAGAGGUAAGUCAAAUCCUCCAUUAUUGCCACCUGGAUAUUAUGGCAAUGCCUUUGCGUUCCCAGCCGUCGUCACCACUGCCGGGAAGCUCUGUAGAAACUCAUUUGGGUAUGCACUAGAACUAGUCAAGAAAUCUAAAGCUGUGACAACGACAGAGUAUAUACAAUCUGUAGCAGAUCUUAUGGUGAUUAGAGGACGACCUUGCUUUGCUACCUCAAGGUCUUGGAUUGUUUCAGAUUUAACACGUGCUGGGUUUAAGGACAUAGAUUUUGGUUGGGGUAAGGCAAUAUAUGCUGGAACAGCAAUGGCUGGUGGUGGAGACUUCUAUGGUAUAAGCUUCUUUGUUUCACAUAAGAAUGCAAAAGGAGAGGAAGGCAUUGUAGUGCCAAUUCUCUUGCCACGCAAAGCUAUGAUGAUACUUAUCAAAGAAUUAGAGGACUUGUUAAUUAGCAGACUGUAAUUAAGGAGAAGACUAUGCUAUCUGCUUUACUUAGAAUUAAGGGGGUGGGUUCUCUCCUGGUGAGUUCCCUCAUGUCCCCUCCUGGCCUCAUAAUGUGGAGGCGGGUCCCUAGUUCUAGAAUAUAAGAAGAGUCGAUCACUUUAUAUUUAUGUACUUGCGUACGAAUUGAUUGUUGGAAGUGCUGUUC